GACGUAACACGCACGCAAGGCGGUUUGUGGGCAUCUGUUGCUAGGACAUGUGACAUGACAAACAAAGCUAGUGCUAUCUAGCCUUGUAUAAAACGAAGGAAGACCUUGCUAUCAACCACAGACCACUACGUCAGUGACUGCAGGUUGUGUGACUACUUUUAGCACUACAACCAUGGACCGUGGUGUUUUGUUCAUAUGCGCUGCUAUGAUGAUCCAUGCUGUGAUCAGAGAUGUCAAUGCAGCAAACUGUGCGACCGCCACCGACUGUAACGGCCAAGGUACCUGUCCUGACACUUCCGCACCAUGUUCGUGCACAGGCGGAUACACUGGAGAUUUCUGUGCAACAGCACCACCUGCCUGCACCGCAAGCGGAGGUGAAUGUGGCUCCCACGGUUCUUGUGACGUCAGCGCUACCCCCGCUGUCUGCUCCUGCACAGGCGGAUAUACGGGUGCUUUAUGUACAACUGCACCUGCUGCCUGCACCGCAAGCGGAGGUGAAUGUGGUUCCCACGGUACCUGUGACGUCAGCGCUACACCCGCUGUCUGUACCUGCACUGGCGGAUAUACGGGUGCUUUAUGUGAUACCGCACCUACAGCUACAGCUGCCUGCACCUCGGGCGGAAGUGAAUGUGGCACCCACGGUACCUGUGACACCACCGCUACACCCGCUGCCUGCACCUGCACAGACGGAUAUACGGGCAACACAUGUGGAACUGAGUCAGGAGGAAGCCGCGUCACAUUCCUUGCACAACUGCUCCUGAUGCCCAUGAUCGCUUCUCUGUUCAUGUAGUGAUCACAUUCCCCUCUUGAUAACAGAAUGAAGACAGACACAUCCGGCUUUCUACUCUACUGACUAAGAGAAUGUUUCCCAAAACAAAUCCGUCGUGUUUGUACUAUUAUGAUCCUAUUUAUUAAACUUUCUGUAUAAUAUUUCAAGUAUGCAGUGGCAAAUGUACACGCGUUGUAUAUGACGGAUUGAAGCGUCCGAAUGACCACAG